UCUUAUGUGAACUUAUUACUCUACUGCUCUGCUAUACGUACAGUGAAAUCCCUGUGCCAUAGAUCUCUCUCCUUUUUGCUCUCGUUUUCUCAAGCCCUAGGUUUCUUUCUCUAGGAUUCCACUUUCUUGUUGUUUGUUGUUGUUUAUUAAGGUUCACGUUACGUGUUGAAUGUGUUUCCACUGCUUUAGGGGUUUGGUGGAUUUAGGGAUUUGCUGGAUGUGAAAUUGUGGGUUUCAUUUCAUAAAGGGGAACAUUUUCAUUAGUUGCUUAUUUUGAGCCAGUGAUUCUUAAUUAUUGUUAUCUUGGUGGUUUUGUUGGUUGGGGUUUUUGGGGGAAGAUAAGGUUUUGGUGUGGUGAUAUUCUAGUCUUUUUUAUGUUUUUUGGAACUGUGAGUUACUGGAUUUGAUAAAGGAUUGACAUUUUAUAGCAAAUGAGUAGUCAUGAGUUGUCCGUGAUUGUGGAGUUUUGACUGUUUGGUUGUUGUGAAGUGUAAUAUUAAAUUGAAUAUUGUUUUAUUCAUUUGAUUGUGCUGCUGCAAAAAGAGGAUUGAUAGAAUUUGGAGUUACAUAGCGUAGAUUCUUUUCUUUAUUUCUCUACGGAAUAUUAUUUGGUUGUGUUUGAUGAAAAUGGGAAAGGAAGAAGAGUAUAGGAUUGUUAAAAUGAGAAAUUUGAAGAGUAAUUAUUGAUUCUAAAGCAGGGUGUUGUAGCUUGUAGGAGGUGGUUUUUGCGCAUAAUGGGAUGCAUUUGCUCUAAACCCUCUGCAAUUGAGGAUAGCAAAGAGAGCCCAAGAGAGCGGCUCACUAGCAAAGCCUCAUCAGACUUGCGGGUAUCAAGGGCCACCUCUUCUAGGAGGGAGGAAGCAUAUAGAGCGAAAGAUCGAUAUGAUAGUAAUGAUGGAAGGGCAAUGUUGAUUGAUAAGCACUCAAAUGGUUCAGUUAGAUUGCAUGGAGGUGAGAACGUUGAUAGAGAGAGGGAGAAGAUGGAAAAUGCUGUUGCUCAACAUCCAGGGAUGGGUAGUAUACCAAAAGCGACUGAAGGGGAGCAGGUUGCAGCGGGAUGGCCUUCCUGGCUAGCUGCAGUGGCUGGAGAGGCAAUCAGAGGAUGGCUGCCACGGCGUGCUGAUUCUUUUGAGAAGCUGGAUAAAAUUGGCCAGGGAACUUACAGUAAUGUUUAUAGAGCUCGUGACCUUGAUAAGAAGAAGAUUGUUGCGUUGAAGAAAGUAAGGUUUGAUAAUCUGGAACCCGAGAGUGUUCGCUUUAUGGCCCGGGAAAUUCACAUUUUGCGUAGGCUUGACCAUCCUAAUGUGGUAAAACUUGAGGGUCUAGUUACAUCCAGAAUGUCUUGCAGUUUGUACCUUGUAUUUGAAUACAUGGAGCAUGAUUUGGCUGGGCUUGCCUCACAUCCUGGUCUAAAGUUUACAGAGCCACAGGUGAAAUGUUACAUGCAACAACUUUUACAGGGACUUGAUCACUGCCACAGCCAUGGUGUUCUACAUCGUGACAUAAAAGGUUCCAACUUAUUAAUCGACAAUAAUGGUAUCUUAAAAAUUGCAGACUUUGGACUAGCAAGUUUUUAUGAUCCAGCUCAUGUUCAACCACUCACAAGUCGUGUUGUAACACUUUGGUACCGUCCUCCGGAGCUUCUUCUUGGAGGCACUUACUAUGGGAUUGCUGUUGAUUUAUGGAGUACAGGUUGCAUACUUGCUGAAUUAUAUGCUGGCAAGCCUAUUAUGCCUGGAAGAACUGAGGUGGAGCAGCUGCAUAAAAUUUUCAAGCUGUGCGGCUCACCUUCUGAGGAUUAUUGGAGAAAAUCAAAAUUGCCUCAUGCAACUAUCUUUAAACCUCAACAACCUUAUAGACGCUGUGUUGCAGAAACAUUUAAGGAAUUCCCUGCACCAGCUUUAGCACUUAUGGAGACCCUACUUUCUAUUGACCCUGUAGAUCGUGGAACUGCAGCUUCUGCUCUGAACAGUGAGUUCUUUACAACAGAACCACUUCCUUGUGAUCCUUCAAGCCUGCCCAAGUAUCCUCCCAGCAAAGAGUUUGAUGCAAAACUACGGGAUGAGGAAGCUAGAAGACGAGGAGCAACAGGAGGCAAGGGCCAGAGACCUGAUAUUGAAAGAAGAGGAGCAAGGGAAUCCCGAGCAAUCCCAGCACCUGAUGCCAAUGCUGAAUUAGUCAUAUCAAUGCAGAAAAGGCAAGGUCAGUCAAAUUCUAAGAGCCGGAGUGAGAAAUUUAACUCUCAUCCAGAAGAGUUGGCUUCCGGUUUUCCAAUAGAUCCACCUAGACCAUCACAAGCUGUGGAAUCGAGUAUCGAUCCACAGGGGCUUCAGCAUAGGAGAGCCUCUCAUUCUGGGCCAUUGGCCCACCGUGCUGCUUGGGCAAAGGCUGGUAGAAACCUAGAUGAUGCUCCAAAGGUUUCUACUGGGGCUGACUUGUCAAAUUUGUCAGGCUUAGUGGCAGUAAGAAGGAGUUUAUUAUCUGAAGACUGCAGAGAAAGGUCUGGCCCACCACAGCCAGAAGUUCCAAAACUAAUGGCAAGGUUUCCAGGAUCCUUCAAAGAAGGCUCAGAAUCCCUUCUUCGGGAUCAAAAGCAUCACUCACAGGGCAUUGCUGGUUCUCAUCAAAAAGAAGAUGGAGGAAUAAGCAAUAAUGAUCCAGCCCCUGUAAGUAGUUCAGGCUUUCAGGGAAUCUCUCUCUCUCUAUCUGUUGGCUAUGGGUCAAAAGGUCACAAAAUUCACUAUUCUGGUCCAUUGCUAGUUCCAUCAGGGAACAUGGAUCAAAUGCUGAAGGAUCAUGAUCGCCAGAUCCAGGAAGCUGUCAGACGAGCUCGCAUUGAUAAGGCAAAGGUCAGAAAAGUAAAGGUUGAGGGAAACCAAAUAUCAACCAAUUCAAUAUUUGUUUCUGGUCUCUGAGCCUUUCAAGCCCCCCACAGGAAGUAAUGUAAAGAAGAUCACUGUAGAAUAAGUUGGUUGGUGGUUUUCUUAUGUUACAUAUGAGUUAAAUUGUUGGUGGGGUUUUUUUUUUUUAUUUUUUUUUUAUUUUUUAUAUAUAGGUUUAUUCUUAGAAAGAUAGCUAGCUAGUGGCAUAUAGCUGAUUGAUAGAUCUCUCCCAGCUCUCUGCAGUUUAGCAUUAGUAUUUACGUUUCAUUCUACCACUGUAAUUUCUCAAUUGUGGGCCAUUCUCGUAGAGCAUUUUUACCAGUCAUAAGCUGUAGAGUAUCUGGAAAAUAUGACGUUAUGGUGUUGAAGAAAGAAAUCUUGUUUCCACCAUGCUUAAUUGCAGAGUAGCUUUUCAAGCUCCUGCAAAAGAGGGGUUUCUAUAUCGUUGGAGUAAAUGAUAUUCUUCUCUUUGUUCAAAAUUUCUUAACAGCUGACUUGCAGACUACUAUACCUGUAACGAAUCUUUGAAUUAAUAAGCUGAAUGAUGAUUAAAGAUUGGCCUUCACUAUCA